AUGCUUCCUCUGUAUUCUGUUUCACUUCACAAUAAACCACCAUUAUCCCUGCACCCGUUUUCUCUCACAAACAGACUUAUUAAAACACACAUUUCUGAAUUGCCAGUGCCUGGGAAUGGUGUUUUCAAGAAGAAGAAAUCAAACCCAUAUUACAAUUCUUCUUCUUCAUCAUCUUCUUUUAUUGUUUAUGCGGCAGAGAAGGAGUCACAGCAAUUUGAGGUAGACCCAGAUAAGGCCAGAGAAGCUCUUAAAAAUCUUGACCAGCAGCUUCAAUCUCGCUCCCAAAGACAAGCCCGCCCUCCAAGGCAAAAGGCACCGGAUGUGAGUUUUGCAAGAGAUCAAACAGAAGAUGAAGAAGUUCAGGAAUUUUCAGGAUCUUUCUUUACAAUCACGGCUGUUGCUGUCUUUGCUUUCACUAUUUUCUAUAAUGUGUUGUUUUACACUGUUAUAAAACCAUCCAUAGAUGGACCAGAGCAAGCUCCAACCACAAUUGCUCAAAGAGAAAUCCCAAAGUAG